CGAUGGUCUCGGGUUCGGCAGCAAGAACCUACCGGUCAAACCAACUACCAUUCCUUGCGAAGCGGCCGAAGAGAUUCGUCUUCGUCACUCCCUUUAGCUUUCCCUGUUCGGCAAGUCAUUCUUCGUAACUUGCCGUGGUUAGAGUCGCCACGGGCUCACCGUUUUCCAUUUCCUAACCUCGUCUCUCUCUCUCUCUCCGCGGAACAAGAAGAAGAGAGUUUCUGGGUGUUAUCAAUCGAUCCCAAGGACUACAAUGGCGAGGCCUGCGAACAGGAUUAUUAAUGCCAAGCUGGUGGGUGCUCCUGGGGGACAUGGGAACUGGGAAAACAAGUUUGGUGCUGAGAUUCAUAAAAGGCCAAUUCUUUGAUAACCAGGAACCAACAAUUGGAGCUGCAUUUUUCACCCAGAUAUUGUCAUUAUCUGAAGCAACAGUUAAGUUCGACAUAUGGGACACAGCAGGACAGGAACGGUAUCACAGCUUGGCCCCUAUGUACUAUCGAGGAGCGGCAGCUGCAGUUGUUGUGUAUGACAUAUCAAGCAUGGACACAUUUGUUCGAGCCAAAAAAUGGGUUGAAGAGCUGCAAAGACAAGGAAACACAAAUCUAGUGAUGGCACUGGUGGCAAACAAAUCUGACCUGGAUCCGAAGCGUGAAGUGCAAAAUGAGGAUGCAGAACAAUUUGCUCAAGAAAAUGGGAUGUUCUUCAUCGAGACUUCAGCGAAAACUGCACGAAAUAUCAACAACCUUUUCUUCGAAAUUGCAAAGAGAUUGGCAAGAACCUUACCGCCAAGGACAGCGGGGAUAAACUUGAGCAGCGAAAAAGAAGAGAAGCGAAGAAAACGUUUCUGUUGCAUCGGGUGACCCAACAGCUGCGCUGGGAGUGUUAGGAUCACCAAGGUUUAUGUACAUAUCACAUGUGUGCCUUAUCUUCAGACACCAUUCUUGUGGUGUCCCGCUCUCUUGUACUUUUUCGCAUUCGUGUAAAUUAUUUGCACUUCAGUCACUCGCUCGCUUUGUAAGGAUCUGUCAGCAGUUGUACAAGAAGCCGCACCAACACGAAAUUGUCACCAAUGGAGAGUGUUAAGAAAGAAAUGAUCUCUCUCUGUUA